AUGGCUGAUGGCAUGGCUGCAGCAUGGCUGGGCUGUGGCUGCUGUUUCUGCAAUGGCUGGCAGGCUGUGGCAUGGUGGCUGGCUGUGGCAGGGUCAUGGCAGGCUGCAAGGCAUGGGCUGAGGCACUACUGGCAGCAAGGCAUGGCUGGGCUGCUGUCUUGGCUGUGGCUGGGUGCUGCAGGGGCUGGCAGGGUUGCAGGGCAUGGCUGGGCCAAGGCAAGGGUGCUGGCAGGCUGGGCAGGAUGGCAUGGGCGCUGCAGGCACUUGGCAGGCUGGCUGGCCAUGGCCUGGCACUGGGCAGGCCAAAGAAUGGCCUUGGCAGGUGGCCAGGCGGGCGGCAUGGCCUUGGCAGGGCAUGGCCACGGUCUGGCAGGGCUGUGGCGUGCGGCAAGGGCGCUGGCAGGCGCUGGACAGGCGUGGCAAGGCCCUGGCAGGGUGUGGCGCACGGCAGGGGCGCUGGGCGCACGGCAGGGCCGCUGGCAGGGCGUGCGCAGGGCUCCUGGCGCGCGGUACGGCGGCCAGGCGGGCGGGCGCGUGGCGGGCGCGUGGUGGGUGCGGGCGGGCGCCUGGCACGCGGGCAAGCGUGGACUGCGGUGA